CCCUUUAUUCCGGAAACAGUCGAAGCAGUUAAGUGGGGGAGCUGCUGCCUCGUUUUGCUAUUCGAGACCGUGGAGCGCGGAUAGAAGGCGUGUGAGGAGAGACGGUCUCAGACAGGCCACAGCUUUGUGGAGGUCGUCAUCAUGUCGGACUUCGAUGAAUUCGAGCGGCAGCUGAAUGAGAAUAAGCAAGAGAGAGACAAGGAGAACCGCCAUCGAAAACGCAGUCAUAGCCGUUCCAGAAGUCGUGAGCGAAAGAGGCGGAGUCGAAGCAGGGACAGGAGAGCUAGAGAACAGCGCAGCGGAUCAAGAGACCGGCGGAGGCGCAGCCGGUCUCCAAGGCAUGAAAAGAAAAAGAAGGUUCGUAAAUACUGGGAUGUUCCCCCUCCUGGCUUUGAGCACAUCACUCCUAUACAGUAUAAAGCCAUGCAAGCUGCUGGUCAAAUUCCUGCUACAGCCCUACUUCCAACAAUGACACCUGAUGGACUAGCUGUUACGCCGACACCAGUGCCUGUUGUGGGUAGUCAGAUGACGAGACAGGCCCGUCGUCUUUAUGUUGGAAAUAUUCCAUUUGGAAUUACUGAGGAAGCGAUGAUGGACUUUUUUAAUGCCCAGAUGCGCCUUGGGGGAUUAACACAGGCACCUGGAAAUCCAGUCCUUGCAGUACAGAUCAAUCAAGAUAAAAAUUUUGCUUUCCUAGAGUUCCGUUCUGUUGAUGAGACAACACAGGCAAUGGCUUUUGAUGGAAUCAUUUUUCAAGGCCAGUCAUUAAAGAUUCGUCGCCCACACGAUUAUCAGCCUUUACCAGGCAUGUCGGAAAACCCAUCUGUUUAUGUUCCAGGAGUGGUAUCCACUGUUGUCCCAGACUCUGCACACAAACUGUUUAUUGGAGGUUUACCAAACUAUCUGAAUGAUGACCAGGUUAAAGAGCUACUUACUUCUUUCGGACCUUUAAAAGCUUUUAAUUUGGUAAAGGACAGUGCUACAGGCCUAUCUAAAGGAUAUGCUUUUUGUGAAUAUGUGGAUAUCAAUGUCACAGAUCAGGCAAUUGCUGGACUUAACGGAAUGCAGUUAGGAGACAAAAAACUUCUUGUGCAAAGAGCAAGUGUUGGUGCAAAGAAUGCAACACUGAGCACAAUAAAUCAGACUCCAGUAACACUGCAAGUUCCUGGGCUCAUGAGUUCCCAGGUACAGAUGGGUGGCCAUCCAACCGAAGUACUUUGUUUGAUGAACAUGGUUUUGCCAGAAGAACUUCUGGAUGAUGAUGAAUAUGAAGAGAUUGUGGAAGAUGUGAGAGACGAGUGCAGCAAAUAUGGCAUUGUUAAAUCUAUUGAAAUACCAAGACCAGUUGAUGGUGUUGAGGUACCAGGAUGUGGGAAGAUUUUUGUUGAAUUCACUUCAGUGUUUGACUGUCAGAAAGCCAUGCAAGGACUCACAGGCCGAAAAUUUGCUAACAGGGUGGUUGUCACGAAGUACUGCGAUCCAGAUGGUUACCAUCGUCGUGAUUUCUGGUAGAUGUAGCCACAUCAAAGAGAAAACAAAUCUUGAGGUUUCAAAGAAAACUCAGGACAACUUUGUAUCUCCCUCUAUUCAUGUUUUUCCAGGAGACUGUUUGUUUCUGAUUAAAUGUUUUUAUUUUUUUUUCACCACACACUAUCCCCUUUAUUUACUUCCUCAGGCCUCUGUGACCUUACCUCUUUUAAAACACAUUGACUUGUAUUUUGUCCAGUUCCAUAGCUAAUGCAAAAAUAAACCUCGGAAGUCACCUUU